AUGGAAAAUUACGCUCAUCCAAAAACUCCUCAGUCUGCUUCUGUCUAUGAACAAGAAACAGUUGAGCUGAGUGGACACGAUAGCUUUGAACUUGACAAUGAAGAUAGAGUAAACCUGUUGGAAACUCAAGAUGAUAUUCAGACCCAGAGAUGGGGAACACCUAUCUACGGUCGUAAGUUUCAUACAAUACAUCAUGGGCUCUUCGUACUGUUGAAUACUUAUAUGUUUGUUGCGACUUUUGCACUGAGAAAAUCGUGGAAUCAACAGCUAAUAGACUCACAUCCGGGAAGCUUGACGCAAGUUAGAGUUGCAUUUUAUCUGGAAUCCACAACUAGAGUAAUAACGCUAGUGCUCGCAUCCAUAUUUCAUACUUAUAAGAAACACACAUUUCUAAACAUCCUUGGAUUGACAUUAGGACGUCUAGAUUAUCACCUUCUGGUACACUUUUACAGGGAACACAACGAUCUCCGUACAUUACUUUAUGCAUUAGAAGCGAUGUACUUGUUUGGAAGCGUUAGCACAUUGCUCUACGUCUGGACAAGCCUAUGUCAAGCAGCCGUUGAAUCUGGCGGCGUAUCGAUUCUUGUCAUAAUAUCUACAGGAGUGUGUGUAUUGACAGUGUUCAGAGGUUUUGCAACAUUAUUAUUUUUAUUACACAAGAAAUUUAGAUGA